AUGGCAUCAUCACCGGUUCUCAGGGUCAUGCUGGAGUCCUCCAUGGUAGAGGGCAAGCAGAAGCGCAUCAAAGUGAAAGACGCUGCAAGCAGUGGUGUCUCACUUUUCGUCGAGAUGCUGUACACAAACGCAACACGCCACGGCCCGGAUUACAAGACAGUCUUGACAGCCCUGGACUUGGCACACCGAUGGCAAGUGGAGAAUGUGGUGCAGAUCCUUGCC